AUGAAGUCCGUGCAAAUCUAUUACGAACAGCCUGAAGACUCCAAUUGGCUCGUGGCCUGCUCCGGAGACGAUGAAAGCGUCGACCCAAAGACACUUGAGAUCCAUCAAGGUAAAGUCCAUCGGGUGGUCAUCACCCCCCACAGCACCCACCACCCCCAACAAGCCUCUCGAUCCGAACAACAACGAUCCCCUCAUUUAUGCCGACGUUCCUCCCUCGACCUACGAAUGCUCAGUCCAAUGAAGCUGGAGCACGAACCUCCAAUCCCCACACUCCGCAGCGAGUCAUCUAUUCAUCGGCUGUACAGUACAGUCUGCCGACACGCCCCAAGGCAGACAUUCGCGGAGUUCCUCUACGAAGAAGGAGACCCGGGCUCACUAACCUCAGCUGCGACUGACUCGGAGUGCGGAAAUUGUUUGCUCUCAUACUGUGGAGCCUUACCACGACCCUCCGGGGAAUCCUCUAUCGCCGCUGCCGCUUCCUCACCACCACCCUCUCCGUUUACCAGCCCUGAGCCCGGGUGGUUGCCUCUUGUCGUUGCGCGAGUUAUAUCAAGCAAGGCCCGCAAAGCAGGUCGGGCCUGGAAGAAGAGAUUUCGUCUGUGA